AUAGGCAGCGUCGCGAUCGGUGUUUCAACAACACAGGAAACGUGACAAGAAACCUCGGACCUCGGUUUUGGCGGUCUCAUCAGAAGGACCGCCCCAUUUAGUCGCCUCUUACGACUUGUGUAGCAAGAGGAGUACUGAGGACCUAUUAUAAAAUUUACAAACUUUUAUGGAUUUUAUGUAACAUCACAGAACGCCGUGAACUUGGGUACACGAGAUUCAAAAUGGAGAAAGACAUGUGCACGCGAAUCUACGCCAUUUGGACCAAACUUUUAAGAUCCAUAGACAUGAAAAUGGUAGAAUGCAGAAUUUCCAUCUGUAGGAAAGAAGAUAAUUAAAGUAUAUUGAAAGAGGACAGGAUACGUUUGCACUUAGGGAAACAAACAUGGCUACUUCAGUGACCUUUCUUGGUGUUUUCUGGCUUCUUUCAUCAGUCACGGGGCAAAACAACAACCGGUUUGAGACAAUUUUUACACUUUCUCUGUCGAAUUUUCCUCUUGAGAAUAUUGAGUUUGAUCCAUGGAGUAACAAUGACUGCUUCGUGAGUGGGAAAAAUGUCCUUUACAAGUUUAAUACACAAGAUGGCAACAUAGAAAAAAGUCCAGUGAGAUCAAAGUUGACUGGACCAGAUUAUAAAUGCCUUGAAAAAGAUCAACAAGAGGAUUACUGUGGCGAUGACUACAACUCAGUGCUGGUUAUAACACCAGAUAGUGUCAUCACUUGCAGCACGUUGUAUGGAGGACGGUGUGUCAGACGAGAUAAAACAUUUUUGAAUAAUACUUUAGUUGGGAGUACAAGCAUUAAAUUGGUGUCGAGGGCAAAUGCUUCAGCUGUUGGUAUAUAUCUGAAUGUGAGUUUAAAUGGAAAUGCCAGUAAACAUGUUCUGUUAUUUGCAAAAGAGUACACACCUUUGCAACUUGCACUGGUCAAAUUAGAUAGAGCUGCAAUUUUUUCUAUUUCACAAAAUCUUUCAGGGAAAACUUUUACAUCUGGUUUGUCAGAAGUUGACAUAUUUGAUAUAUUUUUGACCUCGGAUCUUAAAAAAAACUCUGUCAGAAUGGACUAUAGAGUUGUACUGGAGAAUGAAGACUUUGUUUUUCUGUUGGUGAAUCAGAUCUCACAGGCCAAACUAGUAAAGAUCUGUAAAACUAUUAAUGCUAAGGACCCAAAGAAAGUUUAUGAAGACAUUCCUUUAACUUGCUCUGACAAAGAUGGCACCCAUUUCCCCCGUGUUGUGCAUGGAACUUUUGUAUACGUAUCGGGUAAGAGGUACCUGGUGGCUCUAUUCACGAACUCCACAGUUUCAUCCGCCGUUUGUGUUUAUGAAGAAAAUGAGAUCUAUAAGGCAUUUUUGGAGUCCAGGAAAAACAGAUAUGGCUGUCCAAAGAAUGAUCUCAGAGAAGAUGAUAAAGUAUUUGAUUUAGAAUCAAAUAAAUACACAGUUUGUAUCAACGUUACUGGUGAAGAGAUACUUGAAGGAACCUUUUAUGCCUUGACAAAGGAGAAAUUCUGCAAUAAUAUCUCACAUGCAGCACCCCAGUUUGGUAUCAUCGUGGGACUGUUGGCUCUGAAUAGAACUGCUGUGUAUACCUCUACAGAUGUUUUUACUGUGGUGGGGAGCACUGUAGUGAAUGACUUGGUUACUCUGUACAUUGGGACAGAAGACAGCUGUAUUGUGAAGGUUUUUCUGGACCCAUCCAUGGCUUUAGCAAUUGAGCUGGAAAAGAUGAAAGUACCACAGGACGAAUCUGAGAUAAAAGCUGUUAGAAAUGUACAAGGAAACUUAUAUUUAAUGUCACAAAACAAGAUUGUCAAAGUUUUGAGGAAGAAUUGUGAAGAUUUCUCUGGAAACUGUCAUGCCUGUAUGAAGGCCAAGGAUGCCCACUGUGGAUGGUGUAUAACGAACGAACGAUGUGUUGAGAAGAGUGAAUGUGACAGUAAAAUGAACCACUGGCUGCCAUCUGUGAGGAAUCAAUGUUUACAACUGAAAUUGAAAGAGAAAUCACAUGGAGUGAAUCUUGACAAUGUUAACCAAUUGAUAAUUUACAAGAAUGUGUACUUUGAACCACAACAAGAGGAUUCAGAAGGAAGGACUUGUAAAUUGAAUGAUAAAAAUCUACCUUCAAAUGAUAGCUCUGACCAUGUGCAGUGUACAAUUGAUAUUACCCCCUCAAGAUCUUCCAAAAGUUAUACAAUUGGAAAUCAAACUCUAAGUAUUUGGCUGAACAAUAGACAGCUUGCAUCAACUGAAUUAGUGUUUUACCGUUGUUCCGUCAUUGAUAGAUGUGGAGAGUGUGUAGAGGGAAGUAUCAAGCAAUGUUACUGGUGUGUAGAUGAAGGAAAAUGCAAAUAUUCUCGUGAUUGUUCUGUAAUGAACAAAUCUGUGGGCCCAGAUGAAGCAGAGAAAUGUCCUCAAGUCCUGUCAGCAGAAGUCAGAAUUCCCAAUGGACAAAAUAGAACAGUUACAUUUACUGGAAAAAAUCUUGAGACUACUUUUGGCUAUCAAUGCAUAGUUAAUGAAGUUCCAUACCAUGGUGUGCUGAAUGGAAAUAGCAUAUCAUGUGAUGUUAAGGUUUCUUAUGAAGAAAAUGAAGCACAUUCUGAUCCGAAACCUGUAACAUUCAAAUAUUCAUUGAAUUCAUCACCUGAUCCAAGCUACAAUUUAGACGCGUUUAAUGGAAAUCCAAAUCUUUUAGCUUACAAAUGUGAACAUCUGUCUUCAAACAAGAGGGAUUGCAGCACUUGUUACUAUCAGAAUUCUACAGGAUACGAGUGUUCUCACUGUGGAGAUGACAGAGGAUGUAUCAACAAAUUGUCAUGCUCUGUACCAGCCCCGUGCAAAACCCCAGAAAUCACAGUGUUUACACCUACUGAUGGUGCAGUCGGAGGAGGCACUGAAAUCAGCAUUACUGGAAUCAACUUGGGAUUGACUGUCAGUGAUAUAAACAAUGUCACUGUAGCAGGAGUGAUGUGUUCAGAUGUUACACUGAACAACAGAACAAUCAAAUGCAUCACCGGGGCUUCAAGUGUUAAAUCAGGACCUGUGGUAGUCAUUGUGGGAAGCAAAAAAUCUGCUGAUUCAGCACAACACUUUGAAUACAAGGAUCCUGUUUUAAGACAUGUUAGUCCAAAUCAGAGCAUUCAGUCAGGUGGAAGGAGAAUUCAUAUUGUUGGAGAAAAUCUUACUAUUGGCAACUUGAAGUAUGAGGUGAACCUGAUACCUGUGAGCACAACCAAUGGUGAAAAAUCAAAAAAAUGCAUUCUUUGUAGACCAACAGCAGAAAGAGAUAGGAUCACAUGCAAACCAAAUGGUUCAACCAAGAAAGGAGAUCAUAAAGUGGAAGUGAUAUUCGAUGGUAACACCACAAGAACUCUGGACAACAUUUUCUUCUCUUAUCUGGACGAUCCGACUGUGACCACUACAGAACCCUCUGACCUCAAAGCCAUCAAGAGUGGUGGAACAAAAUUUGUUGUGAAAGGAACAGGAUUUGUCGAUGUGCUGGAGAACUUGUAUGUCAAAUUAUCAAAAUAUUCAAAUUCAAGUGCUCCUUGUUUAAGAAAGUCAAACACAAAGAUAGAAUGCGAGUUUCCAAGAGUCCCUGCAUCCAGCACUCGCCACCGUCGCAGGAAGAGGCAAGUUUCAAAUACUGCAACAUAUGCCCGUUAUGCAGUCGACAUUCAUUUAGACGGAUUCCACCAAACUCUACCUACUAGAACCUUGUAUGUCAGUGAUCCGUUCUUGGUAGGAAAUCAAACCAUCUCAUUUGACCCAGAUGAACAACAGGAUAUUAUAUUAACGGGUGCAAAUCUUGCCAUAGUGACAAAAAAGGAAGAUUAUUUUAUUGUGGUGGGCACUGGAGAAUGUGCUAUAACCAGAUUAAAUGACACAGAGCUGGUUUGUCAACCUCCAUCAAGGGAAACAGCCCCCAGGGCUCAGGAAGACAAACUUUAUAUAAGGGUCCGAGUUGGUAAUUUGAAACAAACAGUUGGAGUGCUAGAGUAUACAAAUUUGCUACCUGUCAUGUACAUUGUAAUAGGAGUUUUAGGAUUCCUUUUGAUUGUGAUUAUCAUUGCUGCUGUCCUGAUUCACCGAAAAAUGAGAACUCGCAACCAAAAGAAAAUCGUAGAGAUUAUGACAGAGAUGCAAGAUAUUGAACAAAACACAAUACGCAUGAACCAAGAAGAGUUUGCCGAGAUGCAGCUAAACAUCACAGACAUCAAGCGAGACCUGGUAUCCACAGGGAUUCCAUAUCACCCCUACCAGAAUUACGUCCAGUACAUCCUGUUCCCGAAGGAAGUGGAGGCCGGCACCCUGAACAGCCUCACCCACCACAGCGGGUUCUCCAGCAAGAAUGUUGAGAAGGCCAUGGACCAGUUUGACAAACUGAUGACUAAUAAGUACUUUGUCAAGUCUCUGAUUGGUACGCUGGAAAAACAACGCAAGAUUACUCUGAUUGACAAGGCACAGUUUUCAGCCAACUUCAGUGUGGUUAUGGUGGGAAAGAUGAGAAAUUUCUUUGAAAUUGUGAAUUGUUUGCUGUCAACACUGGUGGAUUCUGCAAACAAAAAGGCACACAAAACACUGUUUAACAGAUUUGAGUCCAUCACUCUGAGACUACUAUCACAUUGGCUGUCUGUUUCACUCUAUCCUCACUUAAAGGAGGGAGGUGGUUCAUUUCUGUUCAUGCUGUACAAAUCCACUCAGGCAGUCAUUGAGAAACGACCUGUUGAUGAAGUGACAGGGCAAGCUAAAAAUACUCUGUCUGAGGACUCUUUCCUGAGGGAGAAGAUCGAUUAUCAGGCCCUAAAACUUAAAAUUGACUUAAAUGGCAAUGGGAACUUAUAUACCUGUGAGGUUCUGGACUGUGAUACUAUCAAUCAAGUGAAGAGCAAGUGCCUGUACCAGAUCUACAAGAACAAACCAGCCUCAGAGAUGCCGUCUACAGAUGAAGUGGACUUAGAGUGGAUGGCUGGGAAGAGCGGUCGUCUUCCUUUGAGCAACAUAGACCAGACGAGUGAACGGAAGGAGAACACGGUUCGCCGUAACACGCUUCAACACUACAAUGUUCUGGAUGGCAGUCGUAUGGCCCUGAUGUACAAGUUCUCUCCUGAUGAUGAGCAUACAGUAGAAGACGAGGACCCUUAUGUAAACCAGCAAUCGCCCUCAGACAUAGAAAUUUCUGUUCCUCCGGAUGUCCAUCCGAUUCAGUCAGUGUCCUCUACUGGAAGUUUGGACCAUCUCAGACAGUGGCAUCUGGUAAAAAGUUUGGAUGAGGAAGAAUCCCACGAGAAGACAGCGAAACUGAAGGACAUUGUUAAGACAAGCCACAUUACCAACUUAAUGCACACGAAGCUAGUAUUGCAGGACAAUAUUAAAGAAGUGUUUGACAGCGUGCUGAACCACGAUACGGUCCCUCUAGUGGUGCAUUACCUAUUUGGAGUGUUGGAAAAUCUGGCUAAUAAGAAUGGUGUUGAACCAGACACUUUACUUUGUUGGAAGAGUGAAAGCUACGCUAUGAGAGUGUGGGCCACGCUCUUAGUCCGUCCUGAGAACCUGUUCGACGUCCAGAAAGCCAAACACGUAGAGCCAUGUCUGAAUGUCAUCAAGCAGGUCUUCAUCGAUUGCUUCCAUUCCACCAAGAUCAGCAAGGAUUCCUCCUUACAAAAACUUCUGUUUGCCCAAGAAGUACCACAUUACCAAAAGAAGACUGAGCAGUUUUUCAAAGCAUUGGCUAACAAGACUGCUGUAACAGAUGCUGAUUUCUGGAGUGAGAUGUCGCGGCUCAAUAGUUUGCAGCAAAAGUAUCUGAAAUUCUCCAAACCAGCUGCUUUACAGAAGUUGUACAAGUUUGUUCAGCAGUAUGUGGAGGAGAUCAUUGAAGAUUUGGACGCUGGUGAUGAGACCAGCGGACUUCAGUUCGGCUCCAAACUGGACGAUAUUGUCCGUCUGAUGGAAACUGACACCUGACUAUAUGACAGUUGAAGUGGGGUCAUGUGAUAGCGUUGGAAUUAAUGCAUCAUAGUGAGAUUUUGUCGCUCGGUGUUACAAUUUGAGCAUAGCUAUUUUGUGUUUGAUGAAUCAAACAUUCAUAUAUGAAUGAAAGCAGGAAAAUCAAAAGCAAGCUGGAGUGUGACUUAAUCAAAGAGCUAGCAUUUAAAUCAACAAUAUUUUAUACCCAAUACUGCACACCAAUUAUGUACCAGCUUAAUAUAUGUUAUGCAAUGCCAUAGUACAUUUUAUUUUUUUAUGUUAUACAAAUUUUUCCUUUAAAUUUUGGUUUGAAUAGUCAAGACGGUUGAAGUUAUAAGAGGUUGUUGAAAGAAUUUGAAGAUUUGAAGAACUUUUAUUACUCUGCGAUAUUUUGAUAUUUUAGAAUAUACAGCUGAAAUGUAAGAUUGAAAUCUUGUAAGAUAUUGAAGAUGUCAUGUGAUUUUGAUGAUUUGUGUACUUGACAGGUAUUUGUACUGUGUAUCUUAUAAAUGCAAUACUUAUUAAAAAUUACAUAGUGCUAUUUUUAAACCAAAUGACUGCAAUACUGCCUUGAUUUUUUUAUACAGUAAAACUUGCUUUUAAGGAAUUCAAAGUGACACUUUCAAAGAUUCUUUAUCUUUAUGUAAGUAUUGUUCUCUAAUUAUAUUUACAAGGCUGUUCCUUAUAUUUAAAAAAUGAAUAGGUUAAAUCUUUCAUUUGCACGUACAUCAGCAAAUUCCUUAUUGCCAAUCAAAGGAGCAUUUAAUUUUCUGAAACUUAUUUUGAUAUUGUUUGUACAUAAAAGAUAUACAUAUAAUGGACAUUUGGUAAGUUUACAUUUAUUGCUAUUUUAACAGGAUAGAAUGUGUGGAUUAGAUUUAUCAUAAACAAAAGAAAUAAAAUUGUUGAAUUAAUUAUGAGAAAUAAAUAUCACUCUUAAUUAAUUGUAUGUACUAAGUUCCUUAAAACUAUUUUCUUGUCAAGGAUUAAUGAAGGAUAAUCAGACGGGGGAUUUUAAGAUUAUUCCUUAUAUCGCAGAUUUCUUAGUAAUCGAGUUCCUUAGAAACUGGUUUUGCUGUAUAUAUCAACACCGACCCAAUGUUGUUCAAUGCCAAAUACUCUGUUCUGUGCAUUUUCUUUAAAUAUGUUUAGUAAAUAUUUUGUAAAAGUCUUCAAAUCCAAAUGAUUUUAGACAUAAAGUGUGCAUUUCCUGAUAUUGUAUUCCAAAGUUAUAUUUUUAUUAUUUGCUUAUUUUUCAACCAACAUAUUUUUUUGUUCAAUGAUACAAUGAACGUAACGUAUUUUGGAUUGAGUUGUACAUAUGUAGAUGAGCUGUCAUUUUUAUUGUGUGUUUUAUUUGAUGAGGGAUGGUUUGAAUAUGUUCAUAUGAAAUACAGAGAUAAUUAACGGUAAUGAUAUACACUGGUUAACUAGUCAUUCCAUUAAAACAAUGUAUUAUUCUCACCAUGCUUAUUAUAUGAAAUAAAACAAGGAAGUAAAUAAAGAUUUCCUCUA